GGUUUUGGUAACCGAUGUUGCCGAAACACAUCAGCAGUAUAGGCUUCCAGUGCUUUAAACCGCGCUGCUCUAAGUAAACGUUUUAAAACAUCUCGACGGACACGCGACGAGUUAUUUCGAGACUUUUUUACUCUCCUAAUCGUUAUCCAGGCUUUUGCGUCUUACAUAUCCAAUAACUGCGAAAUUCGGUUAUUUUACGCGUUGUGUCUAAUACAAUGUUUUAAAGAAUAAAGAUCCGUUCGGACAUCAAGUUCGUCGCGUUGACAUUGAGUCACACGUGCGCGACGAGAUACGCUGAAGAUUAGGCGCAAACUCGCUUUUUCCAUCGAUUCUUAUGAAAUUACACGUCGAUUCUCAAACGAUAAUGUACGAACUACGCGUUUAGAACAUUUAUGCUGAACUUUUACGAGUUUCGCAUACUCGUAGUUUUCUAGAAGCGAUAAGCUAUCGCUCAGCGGAGGUUUGUGUUUAUGAUUCCUAUAAACAAAAAACGAGCUGAGUCCGAUGCUUUCGCUAAUUUUCUUAGGAUCGCGCAUAAACGUUUAACGCGAACGUCGAGUAAUUUCUGACGGACUGAGGAGAACGUGGCGAAGCUGUGGCGCAACGGGAGAAACAGAUGGCCAGCGCACAUACGGAAAACUUUCGAGCCGACGGAAAAUCCCCAUUUUUCCGUAGCCGAAGCAGCGGGGGAUCUUAUUUCCCGGUCGGGACUCUCGUUUACCUGCAGCGACGAUAUUUAUCGCCCGCGCACUUUCGACCUUAACCACGGGGGUGCCAGGAUGUUUCUCUCCUCGAAUAAAAAAGGGCGAAAAUGUAUACCUGCACCGAGGGUUUGAGGAAGCGAAAAACCGAAGCCAACUUUACUUCACGAAUUCGACGGUGCAAAGUUAUUCCAUCCGAACUUCCCAUAAAAUAUUUCAUCAGCUCUCGUUAUCUCCCGACAAACACGGAAACUUACGUGCCCGCCUGAUUCAUUGCCGUAAUUAUAAAAUAAUCUUGAAAUUCGAACAAUACAACAAAUUCAAUCUUAAAACAUUCCAGGGUUUCUCGAAACGAGACUCGCGAGGGUAUAUUAACCGUCUCUUAUCAAAGAGCAGCGGAUAAAGAGACGACACACUAUCGCGCGGCGAGCAGAGUAUAUGAAGUAACAUCAUCAGGCGAUUGACGCUCGCUUGGCCGAAAUGAUCUGCUCCGUUUCGGGUCGCACGCAAAAAACAACAUUGUUGUUUCGCGGCGAAAUAGAUUUUCCGUAUCUCCGUGUCCGGAGGGGAAAACGUGACACGAUGGAAGGUCGAGUGAGCCAGGGAGUAUAAUGGCACGAUUGGCCGAUGCAAUGGGCUUUUCCUUAUUCUGCACAAUACAAUUUUUUAAACUAAUCGGGCACUUAACAAUUUUGAUUACGAGCUUGCGGCUCGCGAGUGCGAAACGACGAUGAGGAAAGACGAGAUCUAGACUUUUCUUCUCCGAUUUCAUAAGACAUUAUCACUGUUCUACGAUAAAGCGAACGUUUCUGUUCCACAUCGUUCGAAAUACUCUAAAAACAAGGUUGUCCGCAAGUACCGAAUAACAAGAACGCGCAGAAGAAAACGACAAGAUGAAAAUUCAUUUUCCAAUUUCGCAACGACUCAAAGUCCAGCCCCUGUAGACGUAGGCAUAUCAACUUUUCGCGUCGUCGCGAUAAAAAGCGCAGCUCGUCUGUAAUUAACGACAUUCACGAGCGAAUCGCGUCAGAGAGUAGGGUAUAUAGCCGUACGGCCUAUACGCGCACGCAAAUACAUAUUAUUGUAAAAAGCCUUCGAGAUACCAGGGGGGAUCUUUAGACACUUGUUGCUCCUCUUCUCAACGUCGCGUAACGCGGCCGAGAUAAAGCUUCUCACUCGUGUGCGUCGGUUGUUUUGUACAGUCGGAGCCAAAUAGUGGGGAAGAAGAGAGAGAGAGAGAGAACGAGCCAGUAGUCGCGGGACUGAAGAGCGAGGACGAGAACUGACGAGCCGGCAUUCGCGCGAUAGUCACUUGGGAGAAAACAUGACCGAUUACAAGUUGGGCAAGCUCAUCAUCGAGGGCAAGACGAAGAAGGUCUUCGAGCUUGCGAACGACCCGAAGCUCUGCUACCUGGAGAGCAAGGAUCGCAUCACCGCCGGAGAUGGCGUCAAGUCCCACGAGCUCGAGGGCAAGGCUGCCAUCAGCAAUGCCACCAAUGCCAAGGUUUUCCAGCUACUCAACCAGGCCGGUAUCAAGACUGCCUUCGUCAAGCUCGCUGGAGAGAAGAGCUUCAUCUCGAAGAAGUGCGAGAUGGUACCCAUCGAGUGGGUCACCAGGAGGCUGGCCACUGGAAGCUUCCUCAAGAGGAACCCAGGUGUCCCCGAAGGCUUCAGGUUCAACCCACCCCUACAGGAGACCUUCUUCAAGGACGACGAAAACCACGACCCUCAGUGGUCUCAGGAGCAGAUCGUCUCGGCCGGUUUCAAGCUGAACGGCGUGACCAUCGGUAAGGACGAGUACGACAUCAUGCUUCGCACCACCCUCGUCGUCUUCGAGGUGUUGGAGCGGGCCUGGGCCACCAGAGACUGCGCGCUGAUCGACAUGAAGAUCGAGUUCGGUAUCGAUGCCGAUGGUGAGAUCCUCCUGGCCGACAUCAUCGACAGCGACUCCUGGAGGCUCUGGCCCAGCGGCGACAAGAGGCUGAUGAAGGACAAGCAGGUCUACAGAAACCUGGCUACCGUCACGCAAUCCGACCUGGAGACGGUCAAGCGUAACUUCAAGUGGGUUGCCGACCAGCUGGAGUACCUGGUCCCACCCCCAAGUGCUCACGUAAUCAUCUUCAUGGGCUCGCCUAGCGACGAGGAGCACUGCAAGAAGAUCGCCAAGCACGCUACAGCUCUGGGUCUCAAAGCCCAGCUCCGUGUGAGCAGUGCACACAAGGGAACCGAGGAGACCCUCCGAAUCCUCGCCCAGUACGAGGGUAGCGGCGAGAAGGUGGUGCUGGUCGCGGUGGCUGGCAGAAGCAACGGCCUAGGUCCAGUGCUCUCUGGCAACACCCCGUUCCCUGUCAUCAACUGCCCGCCAGGAAACUCCCAGGACAUCGACCAGGACGUCUGGUCUUCUCUCAAAGUGCCUUCAGGACUCGGAUGUACAACUGUGCUGUACCCGGAAAGCGCAGCCCUCGCUGCUGCCCAAAUUCACGCUCUCCACGAUCAUCUGGUCUGGUCUCGUCUGCGGGUCAAACAGCUGACGAACUUCAUCACUCUGAAAAAGGCUGACGCUAAACUGAGGAACGUCCAGCAGUUCUAAAUGAUGUCUACUUCGAGACAAAAUUUGUUUUUCAAUUUUUUGAGAAUAUAAUUCUCGCUUGUUUAUCAAAGCAUCCUAUAUGUAUAUUUUUUCAUAAUUUUCGCUGUAAUUGUUUUAAUUUUUUUUUUUUUUAUUAAUUUAUGUUGAUUCAUUUCACACGUUAAACUUCUUUUAUACGUACAUUGAGAUCUAUUUUUCAUUUUUUAUUUUAGCUUUAAACCGGCACAAUUAGCUACCUACUUAAAUUGUUAUUCAUGGUAGCUCUUUGUGUGUAUGCUCUAUUGUUGUUUCUUUUAGUCGUACUGUACUGGCUGCAAGUUUGUAACGUUCAUUUCUUUCCAAACCGUCCAGUCUACGAAUAAAUAAAGUGACGAUAAAAGUGAAUAAAGCUUACUACUUUAUAGA